CUGAUCAAGCAGUUUGAUAAGGCGAGGGAGGAAUUCGAUCAUCUCUGUGCUGCUCUUCGCUCCAAGAGAUCAGCACCCAACAGGGCCACGCUCAAACGAAAGGAAAUCGGCAUUGGAUCCCAACAUGGCUGGCGACCCUCAAACAAAAAGAAAUUGGCGCUGAAUCAAUCCAUUAUGCCUCUGCCCGUGUUAACUGAGGUUGCUGUUCAGAAGGUGAAGAUGGAGAUGCUUUGACAGCUCUUUCUGGUGCGUUGCUGCUGUGGAGAUUAGAACCAAAAAAACGCGUCGUUCCAUUCAAAGCUAGCUGCCAUCACAUAUUCUUAUUUGUUUUCUGUGGAACUAUACAUUUACGAA